CAGUCGCCAUCGGCGAAGCGCUGCAACUGCGCGGCGGCGGCUGUAUGCCGCGUGCCGCUGUCCAGAGGGCGCCCUCGCCACGCCUGACCUCCGACGACGACCUGAUGGCUUCGCUGCGAUCGCGCCUGCAGACCGACCACAAGAGCGCGCUGCGUCCGCUCGGCCCGGACGAGGUCGGCGCGGACCAGAUGGGACCCGCCGAUGUGAUUGACUACGUGAUGCGCUCCAUUGCGCAGGAUCCAGAGGCGGGGCUUCGGGUGCUGCUCGGCUUCGCGGUGUCAGACCAGGACAGCUCGGGGUGCAUCGACUCGCUCGGCCAGCUUCAGCCCGGCAGCUUCGGCUCGCCGGCGGAGCUCCGCGAAUUCCUCGCCGCUGACGCCACGGGGGUGGGGUACGAGACUCUCACCGCGCUCGAGGAGUGGAAGGCGAUGGGCCCACCCGACAUGUCGAACCUCAGCCGCAGCGCGGCCCAGAAGCUGCUCGUCCGGCGCGACGGAGCCAACUGGCGCGACCUCUUCGUCAACCUCGUCCUCGCGCCGGCCGCGGUGGGCGAGGCGACGGUGCCGCGGUGGCUAGUGACGACCA